AACUGCUCUCUCUCUCUCUCUCUCUCUCUCCGACACCAAUACGUUGCCCACAUAUUCACAGAGGUGGAGAGCCAUCCACGAGAGAGAUGCCCCUGCUCGGAUCGCCUCGCUUUCUCCCCGUGUUGUUGGCCUCGAUUCUCCUUCGACUUUCCCCAGGCUCUUCUGAUGACUCUUCAAACUCUAAGAACGGCACGAAAUCUGAGAUUCAUGAUAAGUCCAGUGGCAACGCGGGUUCUAUGGUGCUGGUGGUAUUGGUCGUGAUCGUGGCCGUGGCUCUUUUUUCUUUCGUCCUAUACAAGUUAUGGCAAAAGAAGAAGCGAGCUGAGCAAUAUGCACGGCUUCUCAAGUUGUUCGAAGAGGAUGAUGAGCUCGAGGUCGAACUUGGUCUACGAGAUUGAAUUUUCCCUGCAGACUAUUCAUUAUUUGUAGGUCCAUCUUGGCUUUUAUAGCAAGUUUAGCUUGGGAAUUUUGCGAACAAGAUUCUUGUCCUUUCUCCAGUUUGUAAGUUGUACCUUUUGUAUUCAUAUUCUCAGAGAGAGAUUUGUGAGAAUUUAACUUUGGUUGGCAUUAGGUGAGAGAAUUAUUAAAUGUAAGAAACAUUUGGAGGGGGGAUAUCGUUUGUCAUGUUGAUAUUACAUGAAUUCAAGGAAGUGCAAGUAUUUUUUGUUUUUCCUUUUUGGGGGAGGUCCAAUGUCCUCCUAGGGUAAUUGGAAUGAAUGCAGUGGUGAAAUUGGAAAACUUCAAUUGUCGG